AUGUUGCUAUUGAAGGCAACUUUGGCUUUGCUUCAGGCAGGCUCGGCGCUGGCUGGGGUAGUGGUCAAGCCAAGGUCAAAACAAGACGCAAUCGUUUAUGCAACCAAAGGAACGAUAUCCCUCUCGUCAGAUGGGACAGAUCCUGACAUUCUGAUUCUCGAUUAUGGUCAGAAUGUUGAGGGACAUCCCACCUUUGAGGUUGUGUCCACAUCCGGGGAUGCUUCUGGUUUCGAGCUCACUUUCGCCGAGUCCAAGUAUGCCUUUAGCAACUACAUGAGUGACGGGCCUCUCGCCCUCGCAGCUGCCAUGGACAACUAUCGUGUGAACCAAUACAACAUCUCCAAGCCUGGACUUGUUACCAAUCGCCUCAUUCAAGGAGCUUUCCGCUAUCAAAAGCUCAACCUUUCUACGGCUGGUGAACUGCGCCUCAGGAAGGUGGGCGUGAAGCAGACGGUUCAUACUACGCCGCUCACCGAACUCCCUGGAGCUUUCGAAUGUUCAGACAACGACUUGACUCGGAUUUGGUAUACCGGUGCUAGGACGGCUCAACUCACGGAGAUCCCCAAGGACACAAUUCCCGACUUUUGGCAAGUCACCGAUCAAGGUGCUUUUGUCGAGAGUGCGGCGCCGCAAGCUCUCGCCAGUGGUACAGCUGCCCAGCUACUCAGCUAUGAGAUUGACUUUGAAGUCAAGCCCGUCACUGAAGAAUUCAGCUUCUCCGUGUUGUCGGACACUCUGAAUGAUGCCAUUGUCAUCUCUUGCAACGUGGUAACUGGCGUGGUCUCGGCAACAUAUGCUCCUCACCCUGGCUCAAUCCCAGCUGCCGCCAACGCCCAGGUCGGCAAGUGGCUGUCCGUCCAUGCCCGGGUCAACAUGGGGGAAAUUUCGGUAUCCAUCAACAAUAAAGUGGUUUUGGAGUUCGGUCAGACGACCAAAUUCGCUGGUUCUUUCGGUCUCGGGGCACCAUUCGGCCACUCAGCCUACUACCGGAACUUGAAAGCUGCCACACUUGAUGGAGUAGAGGUCUACUCCUCUACUCUUAAGGACCCUAGCUUCCUCGCCGACUUUUUCAUGGGAACUAAUCCUGCCGAUACGAUUGUGGAUGGCUCUCGACGCGAUAGGAUUGCCUACACGGGAGAUCUCGACGUCGCACUUGCUUCAAGCUUUGUGAGCACCUACGGCACUUCUUUCAUCGAGGGCUCCCUUGAACUACUCGGUUCUUACCAAACAACCACAGGGUUCUUUAUCCCGACCGCCAAGAUCCAGCAGGAACCACUCAAGGAAAUUCUGGAUGUCAAUGUGACGGGCCUUAUCGGCUACUCCUUCAAUUUCCUCAACGCGUUGGCUCAAAACUAUGAGGUCCAAGGCGACCUUGCCUUUGCCAAGAAAUGGGCUCCUCGUAUUGUGUCAACGCUGGACUGGGCGCAUUCCAAGUUGGAGAAUGGUCUUUUCACUCUCGCCGACGCUUCGUUAACGGGAGAUUGGAACUAUUAUGAUCCUCCUCAGACGGGUGCAAGCUCCAAGUUCAACUCUCUCUACGCCUACACCUUGCAGCAGACUCAGUCUCUGCUCAUGGAUGCUGGCGUUGAUGUCUCUGUAUACCAGAAUCGUCUCGAGAGCCUUCGCGAUGCUAUUCAUUCUCAUCUCUGGAAUGAUACCCUUGGGGUCUAUAUCCUAACUAACGAGAUCCCAACGGGAUUUGCCCAAGACGCCAAUGCAAUCGCCAUCUUAUCUGGCAUCCCGCAGAGCCAUGGCGUUUCAGCAAAGUCACUAUUAUCAACUCUCGAAAGUGGCCUCCAACUUCCUGCGGGACCGCUGGCCUUCAGCAACUCCACAGUUAAGGCUGGAUUCGCCCAAAAGAUCAGCCCUUACGCCUCGGCCUAUCAUCUUCGCGCAGCUUUCGAGUCCAACGAUACCGAUACUGUCCGGCUCCUCUUGAAAACCCUUUGGGCUCCCAUGGCAAACCCUGCCCAUGCCAACUACACCAACUGUUUCUGGGAAACCCUGAAUCCCGAUGGCACCCCAGGCUUGGGCCUAGUAACCUCUCUUUGCCAUGGAUGGGGUGCUGGCCCAACUGCCGAGCUGAGCCGUCAUGUUCUCGGCGUGAAGGCUGUUAAACCUGGUUAUCGGGAGUGGAAGGUUGAACCCAUGACCUUGGAUCUCAGCUGGGCCAAGGGCCGCGUCCCAACCGCACAUGGAUCCAUCCAGGUUCAGUGGAAGUUUGUGUCUGGCCUUUUACAGAUGAAAGUUCGUGGGCCCAGCAGUGGUAACACCAACGGAACUGUCCAUCUUCCUACGCCCCUACCCACACCCCUUGACAGGACUGUUAUUAAGGUGAAUGGAAAGGUUGUGAGUGGCACCAAUUUCAAAGUUCGUGCUGGUCAAGAGAUUACCAUUAUGCAAACCAAGAAAUAA